AUGGCGAGCGAAGCUGGAUGGUCAUGCGACGCCAACGAUGCGGUCCAUAUCACCGUUGUUCAACCGGGCGAAAAGAAGCCCAAGACACUGUCGACCUUCCACCCUCAAUUCACAUAUCCUAUAUUUGGCGAUGAUGAACAGAUCUUUGGCUACAAGGGGCUAAUUAUCCGUUUGCGCUUUGCCGCUCAUGAUCUGCGGCCUCACUGUCACAUUUCCUACGAUGAGAAGUUCAAGCCGAUCGGCGAUACACAGGCUCUCAACCUUCUCGAUACAUUGAAGCCUUUUGUUCAGGAAGAGGCAUUCGGCAAUCUUCAAGACUACGAGAAAGCCGUCCAGGACGACCCAAAUGCCAAGGACUUCAAGCCCCCGGGCGAGUUUGUUAUUGGAUACGAUAUUGGAGACAGGAAAUAUGAGGUUUGGGCUGGACCACUUGCAGACCCGGAAGUGCGCAAACUUCUGGAUCGAGUCCAGGUCCUCGUCUCUCUUUUCAUUGAGGCCGGAACCCCUCUGGAGACUGAUGACCCAGAAUGGACGCUCGAGCGGUGGACUGUCUACUUCGUAUAUGAGAAGGUGACACCUCCAACACCGACGGCCUCGUCAUACUCCAUCGUUGGAUAUGCCACAACAUACCGCUAUUGGCGUUACCAGCGGGAUCUCUCGGAGGCGCCCACAGUCAAGAACGGUGACUUUCCACUACCCGAAGUCAAAGUCUCCGAGCUUCCCUCCCGGAUUCGCAUUGCGCAGUUCCUCAUUCUCCCUUCGCACAGCCGCUCCGGUCACGGCAACCAACUAUACACCACAAUCCACGCCGCCUGCAUCGCAGACCCGACCGUAGUGGAAUUGACCGUCGAAGACCCCAAUGAACAAUUUGACGCACUACGGGACACAGCUGAUUACACUCUGCUGCAACCAGAGUUCCUGAAGCACAACGUCAACCUCAACCCUGAUCCGCAUGGAUCGUAUUCGCAAAAGAAACGCCCGCGCGUGGUCCCUACUUCCGCACUGAUCCCUACCAAGGUUCUCCAAGAUAUUCGUACAUCGUUCAAGAUUGAAACCACCCAGUUCGCACACAUCCUGGAAAUGUAUCUGCUGGGCCAGAUUCCUAAGAGCCACCGCCUGGCUGGUGGCACGAACCUCGCCCGGCUUUUGAUCAAAAAGUACAAGGCUACUGACGAAAAUGACCGUCGGUACUACUGGUGGCGCAUGCUCACCAAGCAGCGUCUCUAUAAGAAGCACAAAGAACUCCUGAACGAAUUGGAGCUUCUUGACCGGGUGGAGAAACUCGAUGCUACAGUCCAAAACGUGGAAGAGGGAUAUGAAAUCACAUUGGAUGCGCUCGAGGCUCGGAUGUCAGAGGGUGGUGCGGGAGAAGAUGGGGAGGGCUCCGAGGGAGAGUGGGAAGACCUGCGAGAGGUUGGAGCUCCUACUGGAAGCCGCGACAAACGUGUCAAGCGUAAGCUCACGGUCAUGGACGAUGAAGAUGAGGAGGAGGAUGGGGCUGGGCUUGCCAAGCGGCCAAAAGUUUAG